ACUGGAUGGCGGCGCGGACGGUACCUGAGCCGCCCGCGCCGCCCGCGCCGUCGAGCACCGCCCACCCGGAGCUCGGACAGUCCGUCCCACCGUGCGCCGAGGCCACGCACACUGUGGCUGAGACGUGCGCACGGGACGACUCGGCCGGCGGCGGCCCGUCCGAGGUCGCCGCGCCGAUCCUCACGCGGCAGGAGGCGGAGGCGCGCAACCAGGCGCUGCUGGCCUACCUGCAGGGACAGACGGGCGCGCCGCGGAAGGAGGCGGUGCAGCAGCCGGCGCAGGGACAGUCGCCGUACGAGCCACCGCUGGUCGAGUCGCAAGACAGAGUCCGCCGGCGGUUGGUCAACGAUCACCUCGGCCGAGCCAUGGCGCGUCUGCUGCCGCCGCUCGGCCUGGUCUGGACGGACGUGACGUCACCGCUGCGCCAGCUGAUCGCCGGCUUCCAUCUGACGGCGCAGAACGUGACGCUUGGGCCGCACCAGUGGACGCUGGCGGCGCUGGUCCUGCUCAGAUAUCUGCUGCGCCGCAGGCCGGAACUGGACGCCCUUGCCCGGGACGCGGACGGGGCCUUCGCUUCGGCGCUGCGACCGUUCCAGCUGACACGUACUCGGCUGGAUAAGCUGGUGAACCGACUGGAGGCGGCUGUGGCUGUCCCGGUGCCCUGCGACUCAGCCCGAUGAUGGGGUUCUAUUGUGACAGAAGUAAAUAUAUUUUUUCGUGAGAUUAGCUUGUUUUGGGGAUUUGUGCGUCGGAUUCUUCUUUGCAUCGUACCGAGACGUAUGAAUUUUCAUUUGAACUGACAGCGAGUUGGACCAGCUGCCUGUCUUUCGGACGGUCGUAGCGACGUGGCGUUUGAUCUCAGGCUUUGGCGACGUUGAAACGCGUGUUAUUCUGGGGAUCUGGUGCCUCUGCUAGCCUGGAGGUGUGCGAAAGGCAUGAAACGUGGCGCGAACACUUGCUAUCCGUGUUUUGGAGGGAGGAUUGCACAAGUAUUUCUCUGUAUAUUUGCUCUUAUUUGCUCUCUGUAUACCCAGCGUUCGGAGCUGUGCAACGGGAUAUUCCGAAGCGUUACCGUUGUUGACGUUGUCCAGCAGAGGCAUCACUGUAACAGUUUGUAUGCUGUGCGCCUGUCCUGCCUGCUAUUUAACGUUGGAGUAAGGCAUGAUAUCGCUGGUACCUUCCGCACAAUAAAGCACGGAUUAGCCA